AUGAGAUCAAUAAUUAUUGAUCAUUUAUUAAUUUUAUUAAUAAUCGCUUUUCAUUGUGAUUAUUAUUAUUAUGAUGUUUAUGAUGGAAUCAACAUUAAUCGACCACAACAACAACAACAACGAUCAUUACUAUCAACAAUAAUGGUUAUGGCCGAUUGGGAUUCAUGGUGGACAUACGAAGGAAUCUCAGGUCCAGAUUUUUGGGGCCGUUUAAAUCCAAAAUGGUCACAUUGUAGUAAAGGACGACGACAAUCACCGAUUGAUAUUGAUACAGAAUUACUUAUAUAUGAUCAAUAUUUAAGAGAAUUAUAUAUUAAAGGUGAUUAUAUUGAUGGCAAUCUAAUAAAUACUGGCCGUAGUAUUGAAAUUGAAGUUGAUCAAAAGAAACCAAUCAUAAUUACUGGUGGACCACUUAGCUAUCAAUAUACAUUAUCAAAUGUAACAUUACAUUUUGGUCGUGAAAAUAAUCGUGGAUCUGAACAUAGUAUAAAUCAAUUACAAUUUUCUGGUGAAUUACAAUUCUAUGGUUAUAAUGGACAAUUAUAUUCAAAUUGGUCAGAAGCUAAAAGAUCACCAAAUGGUUUAGUUGCCAUUGCAACUAUGAUUAAAAUGACAAAAAAUAUGUCAACAAAUGCUCAACUUAAAAUUAUGAUUAAUUCAUUCAAGAAUAUAAGCAAUAGAGGUGAUAUUCAACAAUUGAAUAGAUUAAAUUUAAAAGAAUUAUUAUCGGAUACAAAACAAUUUGUUACCUAUGAAGGAUCAUUAACACAGCCAGCCUGUUUUGAAUCAGUUCAAUGGAUCAUAUUGAAUAAACCAUUAUAUAUUAGUGGUCAUCAAUUACAUCAGCUACGUACAUCAUUGAAAAGUGAUGGACAUCAGGAUAAUUUUCGGCCAAUUCAACAGCUAAAUAAUCGUAUGGUUACAACGAAUAUUAUCAAUCAUCGUUUGAUAUCGGAUCUACGUUUCAAGUACGAUUUGGAAGAAAUUGAUUUCAAUACGGAUAAUGCAUAUAGUAAACAAUUAUGCUAUGUAAAUCAACCGGUAGCCUAUAAAGCAAGUAACAAACGGAUCACUUGAAUGAUGGGUAAUCAUUGUAAAAGAUUUUGAAUGUUUAAUUAUAGUUAGAAAUAUAUUCGUAUAUUUAACAAAUGAUUUUGAAUUUCAUUUUUGGAAAACAAAACAAAACAAAAAAAAAAUGAAUAAAACAAAUAGUUUUGAUUUCGAUGCCACAGGAUGGCGGCACUAGUUUGUUCGUUUUUUUUGUUCGGAGAAACCAA